AUGGCUUCUCGUCGUGUAUUGGCGAUCUUUGUUCUCAUAGCUGCCAUUUUUCCAAUGACAACUUUGGCAACAGAGUACAUAGUUGGGGACGAAAGUGGAUGGACCUUAGGGUUUGAUUAUCAUGCUUGGGCCGCGAGCAAGAACUUUCUUGUCGGUGACGAACUUGUUUUUAAAUAUCCCGUUGGUGCUCACAACGUGUUUAAAGUGAACGGAACUGAAUUCCAGAACUGUAUUAUUCCACUGGCGGAUAAGGCUCUGACUAGUGGAGAUGAUGUUGGGGAUUCCGGCACCCUAUGCGCGGACUGGUGGUAUGACACCAUUGUUUUGGCUAGUCCGGGAAAGAAAUGGUAUGUUUGUGGAGUGGGCAAGCACUGUGAACUUGGUGGUCAAAAGCUUGCUAUAACUGUGCAAUCUUUGGCACCAACUCCAAGCCCUGCACCGUCGCCACUCUAUGCUAAGCCUGAUGAGGCGGUGAAAGGCAAGCGACCUUUCUUCACAUUGUGUUGGUGGUGA